UUCAGAGCUGCCGGCACCAAGAACUCAGGGCAGGUACAGAAACACACACAAGCACUAAGAGGGACAGAAAGACCGAGGGGAACCAAGACGGACAGAAAGACAGACUAGCUAAGUCACCAUGGCCACACUCUGGGCACAGGCCUUCCUCCUGGUCACCAUGGCGAUGACGGAUGUCCAGGGAACGGUGGAGAAGGAGCUCUCUCCAGAGUGCAGGGAGUUCCUGUACAUGGGGACGCCACCCGUGGGCCUGGAGAACCACUCGCUCCAGAAGAUCUGCCAGCGCUACAACAACAAGCCGCGCUACGUCACGCUGUACGACACGGCCAACCACGUCCCCAUCUACUCAGCCUACACCUUCAAACGCUCCGACGGGGACAAAAGGGUGGACGUGCCCUGGAUGUACGAGCCACAGCUGUCCACAGUUUCUGACACCAGGGAGAUGCAGGCGUUCCCGCGCGGCUACAUGCACAGGAACUUUGAGGACGCCCAGGCCAUCCUGGACGACUACACCAACGCCGUCCUCUAUGAGCGUGGCCACCUCAACCCUGAUGAGCACCAAGCCGACCCAGACGACAAGGCCUCCACCUACACUCUGACCAACGUGGUGCCCCAGGUCAGAGAGUUCAGCGCUGGCACCUGGAAAGAGCAGGAGCACGUGAUCCGCAAGCGCCUCAACAACUACUGCCACGGCACCGCCUACGUUGUCACCGGAAUCACCACCUCGGGGAACAUGAUCCGGCGCCAUAACAUUGACCGCGUGGCGGUCCCGACAUACCUGUGGUCGGCCUACUGCUGUACGGACUACGACCGCAACGCGCCGUACGAUGAGCGCUACAAGUUUCCGGCGUUCGCCCACUACGCCCUCAAUGAGAAGGAGAACAACCAGGUCCUGGAGUUGUCCAUCAAGAAACUGGAGGAGUUCCUCCAGAGGUCCACCUUCGUGGACAAGAACUUCCAGAUCUUUGUGGACGACUGUGUCCCGCCUGCCUUUGCUCUGCAUUAGGAUCCCCUGGUCUCUCAGUGGACUUGCCUCCCCAAGACCUUACAUUUAAUUUACACUUCCUGCAAUGAAAACAAGUAGUCAACAAUAGCAGUCUUUUUGCUGUUAUUGAUAGAUUGAUUCAUGUUUUUUAACCCUCUCCAAAUACUUUCUGCAAAGAUCAUGUAGGCCAAGAUGAUGUUCCCGUCUAUGUCUGAUUACAUAAAGUUCACCCAUCUUAUGACAUACAAUUGAUAUAUAUUGUCAUAAAAUGGGUUCUAUAAUGUGACAUUAGCAAGGCUAAGAUAAACAUUCAGAGCAACAUUCCGUUUGUGCGUGGGUGGGGUGUCAUGUGACCUGUGAAGAAAUAACAUACCAGCUCAAACAUACAGUACAACGUGACAAUAGAGGUUGUGGUUUAGUCCUAUGGUUGGUUGUGCUCUACUCUAGAAUAUGAGAUAUGAGAAUGUGGUUGACAUCCCCUCCGGCAGAUGUUUAACACCUUCCACUACCCUCCUGUGGUUUUCAACAGGAAAUGUGUAAAACAACAACUGUUCAGACAGGUCUUACAAAUAAUAAAAGACGUUGCUACUUGUUUCACUGAA